CCCUGGUAGACCCGAAACGUUCAUCUUGGACCACUUGGGGCCAUGGUGAUCCCUGUGGGUGGAGGUCUGGGCCCAAUGGGCCCUGUGGGCCCUCCUUCGGAAGAAGCGCUUCGAAAGCUGCCCUUCUUGAAGGUCACGGUGCUGGCGGUGGCACUGGUGGUGGUGGCGGAGUUUGUGGCCGCCUACUAUGAUGAGGCCAUCUCUGAACUGCUCACACCGUUGAUGGGCUUGCUGGCACUACGGGAUGUCACACAGACAGGUCAAUGUGUCCUUUGUUUGGCCUUCGUGUCGGCCUUCAAUUGCCUUGCGGACAUCACUUCGUUGGUGUUCAUUUUGCUGGGACAGCGCCACAUCGCUGGAGCCAAGUACUUCUUUGCCACCGAGUGCUAUGGCAAAGUGGCAGUGUGGGACCCUACAUCCAGGACAACAAAGGUGGUGACACAGGAGUUAUGUAGCUGGCAAACUGUGGUGGGCAAUUGUGCCAUUGUCUUGGCCAUCCUCUUGGAAUUUAUUUGCUGCAGGUUGUGCAUCAAGAUCUUCCGCGCCUACCAAAGCGAGAGUUUCCAGGGUGGCUUGAUGGGCUAUGAAGGUGACAUGGGUGACAUGGCCGGCGACGCCGUUCCGCCGAGCAACACCGUUCGGCCGAGCGACGCGCAACAACGACCUGCGCAGGGUCCAGGCUUCGUUCCGUUCAGCGGCCAGGGACAGCGCUUGGUGUAGCCGACUCAUCCGAGUCAUCCGACUCGCGCUGCAA